GCGGACAGUUAUGGCGGCGAAAACAAAGAGCUGGAAAGUUUCCUUCGCGCUGUGGUCGCAAGUGGUACUUUUGCUGUCGGACUCCGUUUCCGACGCGACGAAGCUCGAGUGGGAUGAGAAUGGCUACAUACUGUACUGCCCGUGCAUGGGGCGCUUUGGGAACCAGGCGGACCACUUCCUGGGCUCUCUGGCUUUCGCCAAGAUGCUCAACAGGACCCUGGCGGUGCCGCCCUGGAUCGUGUACCGCCACCAUACACCGCCCUACACCAACGUGCAUGUUCCUUACAAAGAGUUUUUCAAGCUGGAGCCCCUCAGUAUGUACCACCGAGUUGUCAGCCUGGAGGACUUCAUGGAGCAGCUGGCCCCUACACACUGGCCCCCGGGCAAAAGGGUGGCUUACUGCUUUGAGGCAGCUGCGCUUCGCAGUGCUGAUCAGAAAACCUGUCCAAUGAAGGAUGGGAAUCCUUUUGGUCCGUUUUGGGACCACUUUGCUGUGGAGUUUGUCAAGUCUGUACUGUUUGGUGGUAUAUCCUUCAAUUCCUACUAUCAGCCACACUGGAUAAAGAAGUUUCCUCCUGCAGAGCACCCAGUCCUUGCUCUGCCUGGUGCUCCUGCUCAGUUCCCAGUGCAAGAGGACCAUGUGGGCUUGCAGCAGUAUGUUGUGUGGGCAGACAGAAUGGUACAGGAGGGAGAGGAGCACAUCAGAGCCCUGCUCACCCGACCGUAUGUGGGCGUUCAUUUGAGGAUUGGAUCAGACUGGCAAAAUGCCUGCAAACUUCUGCAGGAUAAGGAAACAGGCCCUCACUUCAUGGCAUCCCCUCAAUGUGUUGGCUACAACCGGCAGACUGCCCGAACUCUGACCAUGACCAUGUGUCUACCAGACCUGGCAGAGAUUAGCCGCGCUAUCAAGCUGUGGGUGAAGAAGAUCAAAGCUCGCUCGGUCUACAUCGCAACCGACUCGGAGUCCCACAAAGCAGAGAUCCAGAAGCUUUUCAAGGGAAAUGUGGGUGUGGUGAGCCUCCAGCCAGAUACAGCACAGAUUGACCUCUAUAUUCUGGGAAAGGCAGAUCAUUUCAUUGGAAACUGUGCAUCGUCCUUCUCGGCAUUUGUUAAGAGGGAUCGGGAUGUUCAUGGGCGAACCUCCUCUUUUUUUGGCAUGGACAACCCCAGAAAGAAGGAUGAGCUUUAAACAUGGCACAAAGUAACUCUUCGCUGUGAAUACUUGAACGGACUAGAUAUGAUUACUGCCUCUGAAGCUGUGAACAGUGGCUGGGAGUAGUACAGAGCACUAAUGGGGAGCAGUUUUAUGAUUAGCAUGCCUUUUUAAUCCGGGUAUGGUUUAUCUGGGGACCUCAUCUAUAAGCAACCUGGGAAUUUCACCAGCAGAACUGCACAAAAUAUUGUUGUUAUACAUUUGAGCUGUACAAAAUAUCUUUACACUACAGUUCUUUGUUGUGCUGCAAUGUCUCUAUUUGUGGCCAGCAUGAAAACUUACAUCAGUAGGAGCCUCAUACCACCAGUGGGCUUUCAAUUUUCUGAAUACAGCUGCGAUUCAUUGGAAUUUGCAUUAUAGCCGAGAAAGAGAGAAUAUGGGCCACUUCAUUUAGACACAAGUCUCUACUAUUAAGCGCACAUGUUAUGAAGGGGGGAAAAACAGGGUGCCCAAGAUCUUGUUUAGGUAGCAGUAACUGAUCUUGCAGAUGCUAAUUAUAGGGGAGUGGGUUUUCAGUAUUAUCUCCUUGCAUUCGUCCUGUUGCCCAUGGAUUGAUGCCUCCCUAUAACUGAGCUAUUCUCCAAUGACCUGAUUUUUUUAACAUUCUUUAAAAAUUCAUUUGCUGUGAGAAGUGAACAGAGUAAUCUAAAGGUCAUAGGCUACUUUAUAAAGGCUUUGGUUUUUACCAUUUUCUACACAAUGUCUUUCAUGUUGACUACACUGUACAGUCUUUUGUUUUUACACAACCAGCAAGACCUUUUCAAAGUGAAGGACUGUUUAGGUUACGUCUUUCUAUUUUAGUACGUUAUGGAUCGAAGCAGGAGCCAUGCAAUCUGGGCCAGCAGGUGACACAAAGGUUACAGCUUCCACCUGACCUUGAAAAACGCAGGUUGAAAUCCCAGCUCCUGCUGUAGUACCGUUGAACAAGGUACUUAGCUGCAGUGCUAUAGUGGAAAAACGACCCUGCUCUGUAUAAGAGAGACACUAUAAAUUGCUUUGGAGAAAAGCAUUAGAUAAAUAUGUAAAUGUAAUUUUAACCAUUUUGUUAUUUUUCCCCAAUGUGUAUGGGACAGGAAUGAAACUUGGACCCAAAAAAGUACAGCCACUCCAUUACGUUUUUAUUUAUCCUCCUUUUUUUGCUAGAAUAUUAUCUUGGGUCUGAAUGACUUGACAUUUUGCAGAGUGAUUUCGAAGGAAGUACAAGACCAGUGUAAGUACUAUAUAACUUCUAGACUUGACCUCCAAUUAUGGACUAUUUUACUAGUUCAGCUCACCCCUCAAAUG